CAUAACCAAUAUGUGAAAAUUUUACUUUCCAUCCCCUACAAUGGAAAUAAUGAUUAAUAUUGAAUAAGGAAACUCCAUCAUUUUCCCUGGGUAUGUAGGUAUAAAAAGAGAGAGAGAGGUUUUGGUUGUGGUUUUGAUCAAAUCCAAAGUGGCUGUUGUUAUUUGAUCGAAAUUGGUUGACGAUGUCUUUCUCUUUCUUCAAGGCUUCAAGGCCUAAAACUCCAUCAGAACUCGCAAAAACUGUCAAAGACAGUUUUAAUGCGCUUGAUUCCAUAACUGUUGCUGAAGUUAAAGCCCUCGAGAAGGCUAUGGAAGAAGUUGAGAAAAAUAUUGUGGCAAUGAAAGUUAUGCUCGCUGGAGAUGGAGAAGUUGAGCCGAACCCAGAUCAAGUUUCACAACUAACACUUGAAGUUUGUAAUGAAGAUGUUAUUGCUCUCUUCAUUCACAAAUUACUUAUAUUGGGAUGGGAAGCUAGAAAAAAUUUGGUCCAUUGUUGGUCUAUUAUGUUGAAGCAAAAAGUUGACUCCACAUAUUGUUGCGUGCAAUACAUGGAAAAACAUUUGGAAUUGCUGGACUUCCUAGUUGUUUGCUAUGACAACAAGGAAAUUGCAAUGCAUUGCGGAGGUAUGCUUAGGGAAUGCAUCAAAUUGCCAAGCCUUGCAAAAUACAUCUUGGAGUCUCCCAGCUUUGGAUUGUUCUUCAAGUUCGUGGAGUUGCCGAACUUCGAUGUUGCUUCUGAUGCAUUUUCUACCUUUAAGGAUUUACUCACCAAGCAUGAAUCUGCUGUGUCUCAAUACCUGACUGAUAACUAUAGUGAGUUCUUUGAGCAAUAUGAAAAACUCUUGACUUCUCCUAAUUACGUGACAAGAAGGCAAUCUCUGAAGCUUCUCUCAGAAUUUCUUCUGGAGCCUCCCAACUCCCAUGUUAUGAAGCGUUAUAUAGCAGAAGUCAGCCAUUUGAAAGUUAUGAUGAAUCUACUGAAGGACUCAAGCAAAAACAUCCAAAUCUCUGCUUUCCACAUUUUCAAGGUGUUUGUUGCAAAUCCAAACAAGCCUCGAGAAAUAAAACUUAUAUUGGCAAAGAAUCAUGAAGGGUUGUUGGCAUUGCUAAACAACCUUGGAAAAGGUGGUGAAGACGAUCAAUUUGAAGAAGAAAAGGAACUGAUUAUGAAGGAAAUAGAAAAGGUGUCUCGGAUGGCUAACUUGGAAUCUUAAGUAUAUUCCUUUUUUUUGCAUUUUGUCAAUCAUUCUCAUUCUUUGAAGUUAAAGGAAAUGUCUGUGUGGGGUGCUGCUUUCUUCAACAUCAUCUCCCAAGUCUAGAAAGAAAUGCCAUGUACUAAUCUUCUGAUCAAACCUAUUUUCUCAAAUAUAAGCUAUUGAGUGGAAAUUUUUGUGCAGUCUGUUGACUUCAGAGAGAAAUCAUCCUUUAUAGAUGAGAUUAUCAAAUGUUGAUGGACUGAGACCUAAUGUUAUACUUCUGCUGUUUAUCAAUCUUCCUUCUUUGUCCUA